GAAUGAACUACAAAAUACCUCUCCUCAUUGUUCUAAUCUCCGCCUCCCUCUACUAUUUCUUCUCACCUGCCUCCCCACUCUCAGACACACAACUCACAGAACAUCUUAAUGGUAAGGUAGUCCUCAUCUGUGGAGCUAGCAGUGGUAUAGGAGAGGAACUUGCUUACCAAUUAGCUGCCCAUGGAGCUAAACUCGUACUGGUGGCAAGAAGUCAGGAUAAGUUAGACAAAGUUAGAGCAGAGUUGCUGAACAGAGGUACCCCAGAUGAAAAUGUCAUGAUAAUAUCCUUUGACUUCUCAGAUGUGUCUAGAAGCAAAGAAGUCGUGGACCAAACAUUGGAAAAGUUCGGAGGAUUAGACUACUUGGUCUCCAAUCAUGCUGCAAUGAUUACAGGUCCCUUCUUGGCUCUGCCUUACCUUCAAGAUCCCGACUAUCUAGAGAGGAUCUUCAGAGUAAACUUGUUCAGUCAUAUCCAACUUGCUGUUCACGCCCUCCCACAUUUAGAGAAACGGAAUGGUCACAUGUACUUUACUUCUUCCUUAGCUGGAGAACUACCUAUGUAUAGAAAUAGCAUUUAUUGCUCAACAAAACAUGCAAUGAACGGGUUCUUUUACAGUCUCCAACAGGAACUACUUGCUAGAGAGUCUUCUGUGUCUCUAACAAUCGGCUCACUUGGUCUCAUUUGGACGAAAGAGAUGGCUCAGAUGUAUGCAAAGGGAAACCUUUUUCCAGCCUGGGCCACAGGAAGUGCUGAAGAAUGCUCUAGAGGAAUGAUGGAAGCGUAUAUAACGAGACCCCAAACCAUGACAUUUCCUAAACUUGCUGGCACUAUCUAUAGAUCUUUUUGGUACUUUAAACCAAAUUUCCAUGAAGGUUUAAUCAAUACAUUAAAACCCAAGGGUUCUGAGGGAACAGGAUACAAAGAAGUGGUUGAAGCUACUGGUGCAAAAGAUGAUCUACGUAAAAAGAUGGGAUACCAACAAGGUUAUGGAAGACAAUGAUUGAUUACCUGUACUAAAUAUUUUUAUUUUCAAAUUUUAAGGUUCGUUUUUUUCGAUGAAUAGAAUUGUUUUCGUUCAAUUUGGUUUUAUUUUUUGUUAAAACUGCGUUCGAAUUGUCACCAUGAACUGAAUUGUCCAGCAAUAAAAGAUCGUAUAAAACGCCCUUUUUAACAAAGCAUUUUUUUGAGAAUAAAUUAACGUUACUUAAGCUUUUACAGAAACUACAAUGCAAAAGCAGGUAAAUUAACAGCAUUUGAUCCGGUUAAGGAUUCAGCCUACUAAUUAAAAUAGCUAUAGAGCUAUACGAGUUUUGUCCUAAAAUCUGCCACUAAUUUGUACUCGCAAAUUAUUUUGUACUCAUGUUUCUGUUUUAGAUUCAGAUGUUUUCUUUUCCACUUGAAUCAUCAAACAAAUUUAAAACUAUUUGAAGUUUGUAAAAGUAUGUAGUGGUACAUUGACAUAUUAUCGUACUCGCAUAAACCUAUUAGAAAUAAAUAUUCGUCGGACUAUACGAAAGAGCCUAUACUACACAAGCCUCUAAGAACUGAUCAAUCUGAAG